CAGACGUUCAACUUUCAACUUUGACCUCUUACCGGAGUCCCACAUGGUCGGCUGUUGACGUUCAAGAAGCAUGCAUACGGUGAAUCUUGAAUCACAGAAAAACAGCACCAUGAGUAAAGCUAAAGAAAAGAGUGCGAAGAAAAGAGUUGUUGAAGAGGACGAUGACCAGCUUCCCAUAUUUGACCAAGAUGUCACUGAGAAGAAGGCUGGGGAGGAGGACGAUGCAGACCUCUCAGAUAGCGAGGAGAGUGUGUUCUCUGGACUGGAAGACUCUGGGAGUGACAGCCACGAUGAAGAAGAGGAUGCUGAAGAAGGGGAUGAUGAAGAAGAUGAUGAUGCUGUAAUUCUUGAUGAGAUUCUGACGAAGAGUAGUGGUGUUGAAACAGCUACUGAAGCGCCUGCAACAGAUAAGAAUACACCCACGCAGCCAGACGUUAAAACUGCACCAAAGCAGAAGAUGAAGAUGAAAAAAGGUGAGGGAGUCGCCAUGGACGACGGAGGAGAGAAGGGCCUGAUCACCACCCGGCAUGGGGACGAGUAUGAACACGACACCUCCGAUGAAGAGGACAUUCGUAACACUGUGGGCAACAUUCCCAUGGAGUGGUACCAGGACUACCCUCACAUCGGCUAUAACCUGGACGGGAAGAAGAUCUUUAAGCCCAUCAGGAACAAAGACGAGCUGGAUGAGUUCCUGGACAAGAUGGAGAACCCAGACUACUGGCGUACGGUCCAUGACAAGACGACAGCCUCAGACAUCCGUCUGUCAGACGAGCAGGUGGACCUGGUGCACCGUCUUCAGAAGGGCCAGUUCGGCGACGUCAACUUCAAUGAGUACGAGCCGUCAGUGGACUUCUUCACCAACGAGGUCAUGAUCCAUCCGGUGACCAACAGGCCCCAGGACAAACGGAGCUUCAUCCCCUCGCUCAUAGAGAAGGAGAAGGUUUCGAAGCUGGUCCAUGCCAUAAAGAUGGGUUGGAUCAAGCCCCGUAAGCCCAAAGAGACCACCCCUCAGUACUACGACCUGUGGGCCAAGGAGGACCCCAACGCCAUCCUGGGACGCCACAAGAUGCACGUCCCUGCCCCCAAGAUGAGGCUGCCCGGACACGAGGAGUCCUACAACCCUCCACCUGAGUACCUGCUCACAGAGGAAGAGAGAAUGGCGUGGGAACAGCAGGAUGCAGAGGACAGGAAGCUCCCGUUCCUCCCCCAGAAACACUCCUGUCUGAGGGCCGUGCCCGCCUUCUCCCGCUUCAUCCACGAGCGAUUUGAACGCUGCCUCGACCUCUACCUGUGUCCCCGCCAACGCAAGAUGAGGGUGAAUGUGAAUCCAGAAGAUCUGAUCCCCAAGCUGCCCAAACCCAAGGACCUGCAGCCCUUCCCCACCACCAUGUCCCUGGUGUACAUUGGCCACAGCAGUCUGGUGCGUUCCAUCAGUGCAUCUCCCACUGGCCAAUGGCUGGUCUCAGGCUCAGAUGACUGUACGGUGCGCUUCUGGGAGGUCAACACGGGGCGAUGCAUGAAGACGCUGGAAGUGGGCGGAGCUGUGAAGAGCGUGGCGUGGAACCCCAACCCGGCCGUCUGCCUGGUGGCUGUGUGCUUUGAGAGUACAGUGCUGCUGUUGAACCCAGGUCUGGGAGACAGGCUAGUGGUGAGCUCCACAGACCAGCUGAUUACCUCCUAUGAGCCCCCAGAGGAGGACAAGGAGCAGGCUGUUACGUGGGCUCUGUCUGAGGGCCCGGAGCACGACAAUGGCCACCGCCUCACCCUCACCCACCCCAAGGCAGUGAAGCAGGUAGUUUGGCACGGUAAGGGUGACUACCUGGCCAGCGUCAUGCCUGACAACAGCAGCAACCUGCAGGUGCUCAUCCACCAGGUGAGCAAGCGACGGACGCAGAACCCCUUCCGCAAGAACAAGGGCCUGGUGCAGUGCGUCUCCUUCCACCCACUGCGGCCCUACUUCUUCGUGGCCACGCAGCGCUACGUGCGCGUCUACAACCUCAUCAAGCAAGAGCUGACCAAGAAGCUGAUGACCAACUGCAAGUGGAUCUCCAGCAUGGCCAUUCACCCUGGAGGUGAUAACCUGAUCUGUGGCAGCUAUGACUGCAGACUAGCCUGGUUUGAUCUGGACCUCUCCACCAAACCCUACAAGAUGCUGCGGCACCACAAGAAGGCUUUGAGGGGCGUGGCCUAUCACAAACACUACCCCCUAUUCGCCUCUGGUGCUGAUGAUGGCAGUGUGAUCAUCUGUCACGGCAUGGUCUACAAUGACCUGCUCCAGAACCCUCUCAUUGUUCCAGUCAAGGUACUCAAGGGUCACCAGAUCACCCACGACCUGGGGGUCCUAGACGUGACCUUCCACCCCACCCAGCCCUGGGUGUUCUCCUCAGGGGCUGACGCCACCAUCCGCCUCUUCACCUAAACCAUCUCUACUGUCACCUUGGUUACGUCAAAUUACUCCAUAUUCCCUAUAUAGUGACAAAAGCUGUGCACUAUAUAGGAAAUAGGGAUACCUCUGGUUACAUCUCAAAUGGCACCCUAUUCCUGAGACGGUGCACUACUUUUGAACAGGGCCCCUAUGUGGGUGGAGCACUAUGUAGGGAACAUGGUGUGACUUGAGCCAGACCACAUUGAAGUACCUGACCGCAGCUUGUUUUAACCUGCAGCCUCACCUGAAAACAAAUGACCAACAGAGGCUGAUUUGGAGAUAUGUGUGUAUUUAAAAUGCUUCCCAGACUCCUCCCCUGUCCUCUGAUAGCUAUCCCUGAGGGAAGACUCAAACAAGUGCCUGAUUUCAUGCAUAUUAUCCACAUGUUUAGUAGCCAUGUUAGUAUUUGUCCAAGCUAAGAGAACACCAACCACACAGCCAUAAUUUCUCUCUCUCUCUCUCUCUCUCUCUCUCAGUGAAACUGAGACUGUAAAAUCAUGUCAUCUGGACUGGGCAGGAAAGCCCAUUUCCAUCUCUGUAGCUGCUCUGUACAGCUGCCUCAUAGCAGCGCAUAAGAGUGGAACCACUAAUGCUUGGACACUUCAGACAUCCCAUGUGACAAAAUAUACUGUAUAUCCAGAGAAGGAACUUGCCAAUAGAAACAACUAUGGAGAACAAAGCUGUUGUGGGCCCCCAGAAGGACCCUGUCCUAUAAGUAUAUGUGUAAAUCUCUCUGAGUGUUUGGGGUGAAUGUUCUGUUGAGGUUCCGGAGGACUACUGUCAAUGACAUCAGACUAGUGUUAUGAUAUAUGAGUCUUUUUUUAACCUCGUUUGAAUUGUAAAACCUUCUGACUGCUUUUCACAACAACUUUGUCUGCUACAAGUAUUUCUUUAUAAUUAAAACUGGUGUUCCCUGA